GAGUAAAGGAGUGAGUCUAAAGAUUGAAGAAGCAAAGAAAGCGAACAUGGGCGGUGGCAGAGCUUCUUCCACUACUCUCUCUAGUGAUUCUUCUUCUUCUGCAGGAGAAAUUUCAGAUGACUGGUUAAUGGAGCAAAGUACUGAUGACCCAUUAACAGGAAUCGACAAACUUUUCGAGUGCAUUAAUGGAGAUGAUUCUGCUUUGAAAGAUGAGGAAUUAGAACAGAAUGAAGGGAAUGAGAUGAAAUAUGAUAAUCUUGAUGAUUUGGAUCGUUCACCUUGCUCGAUUUCUUUCGAUGAUUCUAUCCGUCGGAGGAGGAGAGGUAGAGGUUAUCACGAAAUCAUGAGGAGUUACCUUAGUGUGGAACUGCGUAAGGGAACCCUGGGAGAAGCAAAGAGAAAAAUCUUGAGCUACACCCCUGGAGCAUGGAUUGAAGAGGUAGGUGGUCUGAGGAGGAGUGAUUAUAAAUUACCAAAGACAACAACACUCCUCUUAAUAGGUCCAAGAGGAUCUGGGAAAAGUAGUCUCGUGAAUAGAAUUUCCGGGGUCUUUGAAGCUAACAAGGUUUCAUCAGUGAGGGCCCAAGUGUCAUAUAAUUCAUUUGUUGAAAAUGGGACCUACUUUCUCCAAGAAUACAUGAUUCCGAGAGGCUCAGCUUCCUUUUGUCUAUAUGAUACACGCAGUUUGUCAGACAAUUCAUCUGAUAACUAUGAGAUGCUCAAGAGUUGGAUUACUAAGGGUGUUCGUCAUGGAGAACUAGUUAUCAGGGAUUCAGAUAGUCCCAGCUUCAUAAAGAGCAUGAAAUGCAAAGCAAGCCAGUGUGGCUAUUGGUCCAGAGAAGCAAGGAUGGUUAAUUUUGUCAUAUUUGUUGUCAACGGAGUUUCAGUCCUAAAAACUAUGGGUGACAGUAAUGCCGAUGAGCAAUAUACUUACAUGCUUGCUAAUACUUUCAGUUGCCCAUACUUGUCUUUCAAAGAUGCUAAGCCUGUUGUUGUUUUUACACAUGGUGAUAUACUUUCACGUUCUGAACGUGCUCGUGUCCGCAUUCAUUUGGGGGAGCUGCUGGGCAUUCCACCAGAUAAACAAGUCUUUGAUAUUCCAGACAAAUUUGAUGCACCUACCAAGUUGACAAUCUUAGACAUGCUACAAUAUUCCCUCGAGCAUGCUGAUAGGAAUCUUCCUUGUAAAAACAGGACUCUGGAGAAGGUUGUAGCAGUAUUUCAAGUGGUGUUUCUGGUGGGUAUUUUCUUGUUAACUUUGUACUUCGCGCAUAGAUUGCAGAAGCUGAUGGGAAAGGCUAUGCACCGCAAACAUGCACAUGAAAGUGAAACUCCCUUAGAUUGGCAUUCAAUCCGGCACUUGUGGUUGGGUUGAGGUACCCUGCAGAUGUAUGUUCGUACUUUUGUUCCCUAUUGUACAUAGUGUG